GUCCUCGUCGAGUUGCAAUACAACAAACAUCGACGACCACCGAGGGAUCAUCUUGACAUGUCUACCCACUUGAACCGUCUCGUCUUACGAACUUUAAGAAACACUAGUACGACCUGGCAACGACGCGCUUUGACGACCUCACGAUCCGCAGCUAUGCCUCUCUAUAUCGCCCACUUGCCCGAUUACCCCAACUCGCUGGAACGUCGGUUGAGCGUCAGGCAGGGUCAUCUGGAACGAGCUACCAAGGACAAGGAACAGGGUACUUCGAUCUUCGGCCGAGCUUUCAUCUCCCCCGACCACGCAUCAACCACCUCGAACCCCAACCCCUCCAUCGACCCAUCGCAGCCUCAUCCGGGUAUGGCAGGUAGCAUCAUGAUCUUCCGGUUCGACACUAUCGACCAAGUGUGGGCGAGGAUCAAGGAGGAUCUUUAUUGGACGGCAGGGGUUUGGGAUAAGGAGAAUGCAAGGGUGGAUCAGCUUUUGGGGGUACCGGGGGAUGAGAGGGUGGGGGAGAUUAAGCCUUGAGUGGUGAGAGGUUGAGGUUGGUUGAGGUUGGUUGGGGAGAAGAAGGAGGAGAGCGGAGUGAUAAGAAAAAAGUUGUAAAUCAAAGUGCCGCAUAUCAUAUCACACCAUAUCCGUCAG